UAUUCAAUAUUUUUGAAAUAUUAUUUAAGAAAAUUAUUCUUCAGUAAUGAGAAUAUAUUUUUGUUGGUGGAACAGCAUAAAAUUUCUUUGUGCAGAUAAAUAUCCGUUAAUGCAAGAUAUCUGUUUAAUUAUCUACAAUAUUGUUUCAAGAUUUAUGUGUCGAGAGUAAAACACAUUAUCAAAAGAAUUAAUUUUUUUUUUCCGUCUAUGUCACAACGCCCAGAGGCCACAGCCCGGGGUCACCGAUUAAUCUAUUAGUCAGAACUGGGGUGCAUGUUUAUAAAUAUACACAUUUAUUAUGAAUGUAUGCAUGCGUGCGUGCGCGCGCGCGUGUGUGUGUCUGUGUGCGUGCCCGCAAGUCUUCUGAUCUUUUUACCGUACAACUGUUACAUACAGUAUAAAGCAGAAGUCAAGGCGUGCGUUUGUUCAGAGAAAUUUUAUUAUUUUGUCUACAAAAUAUUUCGCAUUGUUUGCCGAGGUGUUUUGAUAUAAUUAGCACUUGUUUGCAAAACGUAUAUUAGCAAGAAAAUAAUAGAAAAUGGAAGAAAUUUAUGUGCCAGUACACGACAACUCGUCAUCGAUAGAGCGUACCUUACGUCCAAUAUCUUACAUGUCUUGGUUCAUGGGCGUGGGGAUUGCACAUCCGCUAAAGUGUCCAAAGUUUGUGACGAUAAUCAUACGUACAAUUCACCUGGUCAUUUGUACAGUGAUUCUAAUAGAACACUUAGAAUACGUUUCGAGUUUUGUGUAUUUAAAAUCUAUUACGUCAGUAAACAAAUGGUUCUUUGCCAUGGAUAAUAUGAUAUAUUGUGUGUCGACAUAUUAUUCCAUUUAUCACGGAAUCACGCAGUAUGAAUGGCCGGAGCUGAUGGACAAAAUGAAGCAGCUUGAUCGAAAGAUCAGGAAAGAAGUACACAUGAAUGAUCAACCAGUAAGGUACAUGGUAGCGACAGCGAUACUUAUGACUUUCGCGUGUAGCCCUUUGUUCACUAUUGUGCUCGUCUUGUAUGAUUUUAUGAAACAUUCAAAUGACACAUACGUGAACGACUAUGCGUCUUAUUAUAUGAUAGCACGAUCGUUAAUCAACAGUUUCGGCCUCGAUGUUGUCGUUUAUGUGCUAUAUUACAGAUAUCGAACGACGAAUAAGAUGCUCGGCCACUUGGAUAAGCUAUCUGAUGCGCCAUUGAUCGCGCUCAAGAUUAGACGCAUCAGAGAAUUGCAUAAUGAUAUUUGUGAUCUAGUUAUUAUGAUAAACGAUAUUCACGGCCUUUAUCUUCUUUUCUUCUCGCUAAACUGCUUCUUUACGGUCACGAAUUCACUAUACAUGGCGAUCAUAUAUAUCGAAAACGAAGACUAUAAGACUAUAUUAAUAGUUUACACGUUUGCAAUUAUAUAUACUAUGCAAUUUGGUCUGAUUUGCUGGAUUUGUACACUCGCACGUCAAGAAUUCGAAAAAACCAAGAUAAUUAUGUGCGCAAUUGCAUUGAAAUGCCAAUCUAUGAAGUUUGAUAAACUGAACAAUACAAGGAAUCACUCGAGUUUAAAAGUCCGACCGCUAAUAGAAGAUACAAACAGCAACCAAAAUUUUCGGAGUAACAGUCAUAAUUGGAAUUACGAUGGCGUGAGAAAUCUUUUGCGUACAAUUAUAGACCAAGACCAUGUCAAUAACGAAAUUAAUGGCUUUUUGAUUCAACUGCAACAUCGUCAAGUAUCAUUUACGGCCUGCGAUUUUUUCGAAAUAAGCAACAAUUUGUUCUGUAGUUUCGUCGGAGUGAGCCUUACUUAUUUAACAGUCUUUAUUGAAUUUACUGAAAUGAAGUAAUCUUCACAUAUUUGAUAAUUUUUAUUAAAUUUAUUUAUUUAAUAAUCUGAACAUCUAAACGAAAACAGAGUGCAAUUUGUACUGGUGGUUUAUUAAUAAUAUAUGUAUAUAAAAAUGAUUUGUUAUAAGAAGUUCUAGUUGUAAUGUUCUAUUUUUCUUAAUAAAUUUAUUUUGUAUUAAUGCA